AUGAAGAAAAAGGUUACUGACCCUUCUGCCCAUCGCCCCCCAUCAGCGAGCUCAGUUCCGCCCCAGCUGCCUCCCUCGGUCGAGGAGGCCUACCGCAGGAAGUGCAUCCAGCUGAAGCAGCGCACUAACGAGGUCGAGGAGGCCAACGAUGCCGCUCGCCUGCGUCUGGCCCGGCUGAAGCGCCAGGUCGAGAAGAUGAGGCUGGAGCGGGCGUUCCUUCUUGAGCAGUUGGCCAAGAGGACGAGCACUAACGUGGAGGACUCUGACGGCAGCCCCAGUCCGCCGCCCACAGUACGUGACGCCAUAUCAUCACCCCCAGGAUCACCUCUUCCGGGCGGACAUACUCGCCAUCAUCAACAUCAUCAUACAUCCCUUCAUCAAUCACGCACAGGUCGGGUCGGUAAGCUGACAGCAACAACCGUGCAGCCAAAGGAGAAGCCCUUGCGUAUCAAGCGGGGACAUCGCAAGCCCUCUGCCAUGUCCAACCUCGACCUGCCUAGUGCCGCAGGCGCCACCUUUAUCAACCAGAACCUUCAGACCCAGUCGCCGAGUUCCGACGCCUUCUCGGCCGCCCACCCGACUAACGGUCUGCACAAGGGCACCUUCAGGCCCCUCAAGCCGAGCAGCGCCUUCGAACUCUACUGCGACGAUAAGCGCGCCGCGUCGAAAGAGAAGGCAGCUGCGGCAAAGGCGGCGGCGGCGGCCAGCAAGGAAGCCGCCGAAGGGUCCGGCAGCCCCGAGGACGACAACGACAACGACAACGACAACGAGAACGACGGCGAUCAUACCGAUGUCGAAGAAGAGGCGUUGUCGCGCGAGUGGAAAGAUCUCCCCGAAGACCGCAGGAAAGAGUUCCAAGACCGAGCCGAUCGGGAUGCGGAGCGAUAUAAGAAGGAGAAAGAUGCCUACGAUGCGGCGGCCAAGGCGGAGGAAGAAGAGGCAGCGGCGGAGAAGGCGGCAGCAUCAGCAUCAGCAUCGGCAGAGGCAGAGGCAGAGACAGUGGACAACAAACCCGGCGGCGGCGCGAAAAGCGAUACCGGCAACAAGACGGAUGAUGCUGAGGGUGCGAUGGCCGAGGAGAUGGAUGUUGAUCGUGAUGCCGAUGCCGAGACUACCACCAAUGAGAGGAAAGCCAGCAGCAGCGCCAAGGCCGCCGAUGAGGGAACGGGCACGCCGCGGGCGACACAGGAGGACGUCGAGAUGACCAUUAAUGACACCGAUGAUCAGGAGACAAAAGCUGAGCAGCCGCAAUAG